CCGCAAUACCAUGAUCACAUCAGAUGUUGGACUUGAUAGCAAUCUCUGACGGUAUAUUUGAGGAAGACGGGUACUUUAAUGUUGUAUUUCCUGUUUCACGGGCUACCUUGGGUUUGAAAGGACGGAGGCUAGAAGUAGCCAGGCAAAGGGUCUGGCGAGGCUGGAGCACACUAGAUGACGGACGUUAGUGCAUGGGCGAGGUACUAAGACGGUCCCGAAUAAGGGGCUGGAUCUACGAGUCUGGAAUUAUACCAGAGCGACACGCCACACCACACUAAACACCUUCUCAGCUCUUUCCUCAGCUGCACUUCCUUUUUAACAGCCUAGCUCAAAACAUACGGGUAAUGCCAUCUGUGUCGGAUAACUGGAGAAAAGACACCUAAUGAGCACCUUCGUGCGUAGUUAUGUGGUUGCGUUGAACUGGGCUCAGCCGCUCAGAUAACCAUCGAAGGAUGUGUUAUCCGUAGGGAGUAAUGAUGAGAUGAACUUU